CAACUCUUCUCUGUCCCUCAGAACUGCCUACAAUUUCUUCCCCGGGGAGCCUUCUCUGACCUUAUUUCGCACACCUUCCCCCUUUCCUCCACCUUCCAGUCUGGGUUUGAUCUUUCUGCCCUCACAGCACCACACUUUCCUCACUCAACAUUAUUACUUAUCACAUUUGUACUAUACAAUUUUGAAUGACUUGAUGAAACUGGUAUUUGAAGAAGAUGCUUUUGAUGAGGGAGAGGGCGGUCUAGAGACGGGAAGUUUGCACUGAAGGCAGUUGUGCUGAGAUAGUCAUAAAGAGGUUGUGAGAUGAAUGGUGGAAGAGUGAAGAGGGAACAUAAGAAUUUUCCAAGCAACAGCUUUUUGUCUAGUUUUGUAGUUGACCAUAUGUUUAUUUGAGAUAAAUGUGUUUGAAAUAGAUGCCCAGGCAAUCAAAAGCUUAAUAUCAGGCCCUUACAUUAUAAUCAAACAAGUUGAUAAGAUUUCACUGAUUGGGGUAUGAGGAAUGAGAGACAGUGUUACCAUAAGGAGGACUAUAAUACAGCAAGCUUGAGUAUCAGGCAGAAUUUUCAAACCACUCACAUUGGAGCUGGUUGUUGUCAGGGAAGGUAAAAGAGGUUGUUGUUGAUCGUGCUGAUUUUGAGCUGAUGAUGGGACAUAUGAAUUUGUAUAACCAGACAUAUGGCUGGUUAUACAAAUUGGAAAGGUGAGUUUACUGUAUCAUAAUAAUAUUAGACUGAAUUGGCUUAAAGGUCUCUGAAGACUGAAAUUAUAAGUUUGGAUAAAAAUCUCUUGAGUCUUGAAGAAUAUGCACAGUGAAGGAAUGUAGGGAAGGAUAGGAGUUGAAAAAGGAGUAAGCCGCUAAAAAGGGGGACAGAUAGGGACUUGUGUUAAUGAUUCUUGUUUUGGAGACUCAUUUUCAUCUCUUCCAUUUUAGCUCUACUUAUCUCAGGCUUGGUGUAGAAGAUACAAAGAUGCACUAAAAUUUCUCCCUUAAUCACUUCCAAGCAGAAACGUGGCUGAUGCACAUGGAAACUGUCUCCAUAGGAAACCGAACUAUUACUGAAUUUGUCCUUCUUGGUUUCUAUGACAUAGCCGACUUACAUCUCCUCUUCUUUACUGUGUUCACUCUUGUCUACACCUCCAUCAUCAUAGGGAACAUGCUAAUCAUUGUGGCAGUGGUUAGGUCUCAGAAGCUCCACACACCCAUGUAUUUCUUCCUGGCUAAUCUGUCCUUCCUAGAGAUCCUCUAUACAUCCACAGUGGUGCCAAAAAUGCUGGAGGGCUUCUUGCAGGAGGCCGCCAUCUCUGUGGCUGCUUGCUUGCUCCAGUUCUUUAUUUUUGGUUCUCUAGCCACAGCUGAAUGCUUCCUGCUGGCUGUCAUGGCAUAUGAUCGCUACCUGGCAAUCUGCUACCCUCUCCGCUACCCGCUCCUGAUGGGGCCCAGAUGGUGCCUGGGGUUGGUGCUCAUAGCCUGGCUCUCUGGCUUCAUGGUAGAUGGAUUGGUUGUGGCCCUGAUGGCCCAGCUGAGGUUCUGUGGCCCCAACCACAUUGACCACUUUUACUGUGACUUCAUGUCUUUGAUGAGCCUGGCCUGCUCAGAUCCCAGCAUAGCCCGUAUGACAACAUUCAUUCUCUCUGUGGUCUGCCUCACUGUUCCCUUUGGACUGAUUCUGACAUCUUAUGCCUGGAUUGUGGUGGCCGUGCUGAGAGUUCCCUCUGGGGCCAGAAGGUGGAAGGCCUUCUCCACGUGCUCCUCCCACCUAGCUGUAGUGUCCACGUUCUAUGGCACACUCAUGGUCUUGUACAUUGCACCCUCCGCUGUCCACUCCCAGCUCCUCUCCAAGGUCUUUGCCCUGCUCUACACUGUGGUCACCCCGCUCUUCAAUCCUGUGAUUUACACUCUGAGGAAUAGGGAAGUUCAUCAGGCACUCCGGAGGCUUAAGCAAACUGAAACGAUUGAAGAAGGAUGGUGGUAAAGAUUUUAUUUGGACUUUGGAUGUCUCUAUUGGCACGCCUUCCAGGAUUGGUUGGGGAGGACUAGCUUUGUUCUAUUCUGACAUUUCUCUCUGUGAAAAGUUUUAUAGUUGUCCCACUCAUACUGAAAAUGAGUAUGGUAGAGAAA